AUGUCAGAAUGCCUAAACUAUUUCAAGAAAACUCUAUGUUCAAUUAACCCAAACAAACUGUUUUGUAUUCCAAGCUGGAUUCCGAAGUUAUCCGAUCCUAUCGUAAACUUUGACCUUCAACCCCCAACAUAUCGCCAAGUUACAAACAUUAUUCGCAGAAUAAAAGCUUCUGGAUCGCCUUGUCCUCUAGGUCAACUUUCAAUCAUUUGCUUCAAACGUUGUCCAUUCUUGCGCACUUAUCUAACCGAAGUGAUACGUAGCGUCUGGUCUUCGAAAUCUGUACCAGCUGAAUGGAAAAAAGCGUGUUCUAUUCUUAUCCACAAAAAAGGCAAUACAAGUGACCCCUCCAAUUUCCGCCCAAUUACUCCAGAAACUAUACAACUAAAAGUGUUUACCUCUUGUCUCCGCAAUGCUAUGUUCUCGUUCCUAACUGCUAAUAACUUUAUUGAACAUCAGAUUCAAAAAGGUUUCACUCCCAAUCUGUCUGGCACUCUGGAACACACUGCUCAAAUGACAAAUAUUAUCAACCAAGCGAGAAUAAAGCAGCGCUCUGUUGUCAUCACCCUUCUCGAUCUCAAGAAUGCUUUUGGUGAAGUGCAUCAUAAUCUAAUUCAAUCUGUCCUCGACUAUCAUCACAUUCCCAAAGACGUUAGUGAAAUAAUAAAGAGCUUGUAUACGGACUUCAAUACUGCAUUUAUAACAUCAGAAUUCUCCGCCCCAUUUAUAACUGUCGGUCGUGGAGUUCUUCAAGGAAACUGUCUUAGUCCUCUAAUUUUUAAUAUGUGCAUCAAUUCCUUUAUUCAACAUAAAAACUGA